GCCGCGGGCAGAGCCCUUUCAGAGGACGAUUUCCCGGACCCGCCCCCCUCGGCUCCAGAAAACUAAAGCGUGGCAGGGGCCGGGCUAGGGAAGCGGAGGAGGCGGGUCUCCAUAGAAACCUUCACCUGUUUCCGGCCAGGCUGUGCGCGAUCAGGGGCUGCUGCGGGGGCCAAUCUCAGCCAGCUUGCCUUUUCCCGGCGGUCUCUGCGGGAGCGGUGGGUGUUGUACACAAUCAUCAUGGCGGCGGCCGGGGCCCCGGAUGGCCUAGAGGAACCUGGCAUGGACACGGAGGCCGAGGCCGUGGCCGCCGAGGCGUCCGCGCGGCCCCUCAACUGCGUGGAGGCAGAAGCCGCGGUGGGGGCGGCGGCCGAGGACUCCUGCGCAGCGCGAGGCAGCCUGCAGCCGGCCCCGGCCCAGCCCCCUGGGGAUUCCGCGGCCCAGGCCUCUGUCAGCAACGGGGAGGAUGCAGGCGGCGGCGCGGGCAGAGAGCUGGUGGACCUGAAGAUCAUCUGGAAUAAGACCAAGCACGACGUGAAGUUCCCUCUGGACAGCACAGGCUCCGAGCUAAAGCAGAAGAUUCACUCGAUUACAGGUCUCCCGCCUGCCAUGCAGAAAGUCAUGUAUAAGGGGCUUGUCCCUGAGGAUAAGACGUUGAGAGAAAUAAAAGUGACCAGCGGGGCCAAGAUCAUGGUGAUUGGCUCCACAAUAAAUGAUGUUUUAGCGGUAAACACACCCAAAGAUGCUGUGCAGCAGGACACGAAGACUGAAGAGAACAAGAAGGAGCCUCUCUGCAGGCAGAAACAACACAGGAAGGUGUUGGAUAAAGGAAAACCUGAAGACGUGAUGCCGUCCGUUAAGGGUGCCCAGGAGCGCCUGCCAACAGUACCCUUAUCUGGCAUGUACAAUAAGUCUGGAGGAAAAGUGAGACUCACCUUUAAGCUAGAACAAGACCAGCUGUGGAUUGGCACAAAAGAGCGAACUGAGAAAUUGCCCAUGGGCUCCAUUAAAAAUGUGGUCAGCGAACCUAUCGAAGGACAUGAAGACUACCACAUGAUGGCGUUUCAGUUGGGCCCCACGGAAGCCUCUUACUACUGGGUGUACUGGGUUCCAACUCAAUAUGUGGAUGCAAUCAAAGACACUGUGCUGGGGAAAUGGCAGUAUUUUUGAAAGCACUUUCACCUCUGGCCCAGGAGACUGACCCAAAGUGAAGGACAUUGCUGGGAGAGGCCUGCAGCAUCCCUGGAUUUCAGAGUUCUGGAACUUUGUUAAAAAAAAAAAAGUCUAUAUCCAAUCUAAGGCGAUAUGAUGACUGAAGCCAGAGGUGAUGUACUUUCACCAUUAGCUUAAUUUUAACUUAAAAUCACCAGUUCCCUUUCUUGCAGUCAGCUUCAUACCAUUUUGAAAGUCAGGACGGUGGAAAUCAAUAAACCUGAAUUCCGAGCGUGUCGUGUGGAAUACUCUUAAGUGUGUUGAGAGUAGCUCUGCCAAUUUUGUUUAGAAGGGAAUGAUCAAAAGCUUUCUGGUUUUUUGUUUGUUUUUUUAAGUGAUUUCAUCUGAUAAAUCUUUGGUUGCAAACAUUUGGACUGCUUUGUGAUGAGUUGGGUUUUUUUUUUUCCCUUUGUAUAAAAUUGUAUGCAAAAUGGGGGGUGGUUAGUAAGCCAUAUUUUUGUCUAUUGAUUCAGAUUGCAUUCUUUCCCUUUUUAACUUUUUUCACUUCCUAGAUUUGAGUUUUUGGUUUAAGAACCCAAAGAUGUCAGUUCUUCUUUUUGUACCUCAUCCACACUUCCUUUCCUGGGCCCCCUCCCUCCACGCUGCUGCUUGUGAAUGCGCGGUGGGAGAGGAAGAGCUAUUUGGUCUUGGUCAGGGAGUGCUCACACUUGCUCUGGCAUUUGUUGAGCAGCAGAGAUUCUCAAAGUAACUCCUGUCUACACAUCUUGUCCUUUGGACUCUGAGCCCUGGGGAGUUCCCCUGCUGGUUUGAUGGUGAUCUGCAACCCUCCCUGAGCUUGGCUUUAUGUCCAGCCUGGCGUGGGUAUGCAUGGGCUGUGCUGCUGAAAAGCCACAGCGCCCAGGCAGACCAAGCUGCUUCGAGGAGGAGCCAGUGUCAGUGUAUACUGCCAGGUGGCCACAGACUCAGUUACCUUCUUUCUUUGGAAGUGUUCAAGAAAUUCUUAAGCAGUCCAAUGAUUAUGUCAGUUAUGCUUUUCCAUUUGGUUCUUCUGCUCAUGCAUUGAGUUCAAGUGUCCUUUAUCCCAGGUUCAGAGAUGCUGCCUUUCUCAAUAAGAAAACACCUGACCUAGUGGGUCGGCUGAUGUAUUUAAACAACGAAAAUGGGAUAAAUUGCUUUCAUGAUUAGAUCGCCCUCUUCUGUCCUUGGCCUUCUGUUCUUUGUACACCUGAACUUCUGUUGUCUCCUUAUGGCUUGAUUGACUCUGAAAUGAGGGAAGUCUCUUGGUGAAUGAUAUCCUUUGUGCUGUUUGCUGUUUCUCUGCUUCUGUCUUUGCGAUCUCCUCUCAUUGGUUGCAGGCUCUCUCUCAUAGUAGGGUUUGGUGAGAGAGUUUCCAGACUUCACGUUUUGGGUUCUAGGCUGUUCCUCCUCAGUCCUGUAAAAUGGUAUUAGCAUGUGUUCGCCUCUGAUGACUAUUCCUCGUGAGCCAGUUAACGGUGAUACUCCAUGCCCUUUCCUUCUAAGCUGUAGUUCAGGAAUCCAGCCCACAGAGACAUACUCUUGGUUUUCAUGAUGUGGUUGAUGCCAAGUGAGGCAUCUGGGCAGGAAAAUUGACUCUUACUUUUUGGGGGACUUAAGUACAUAUAUGAAGUUUCAGCAUCCAAGAAACUGUUUUUCAUCCCUUGAAAAAGGAGCAGUCACUGCAGUUCUUAGGUCCUUGUCGGCUUGCAAUUCCUGGAGAAAAGAGUGCAUCUUUGCUACUCGUCAAAGCCUCCCUCUGCAGUUGCCAGGUCUACAGAGGAAAUGAUCAUGUAGCAAGUAGAGCAUCAUCUCGGUUCAAAUACUUCCCCUUUUUUGCCAACAUUCUUGUCCUAGGGACUUGUCCUGACAGUGCCACACACCCAUUUUGGAUCUCUUGAAAUAGGUGUCUCCUUCCCCGACUUGCCUCGAAAUGCUGCUCUCAGAGGCCUCCUCCUGCCCUUUCUCACCCUUCCACCCUCUGAGUGCAUGUAUCCUGUCAUCUCUCCACUCCCCGAGAGCCAAACUGCUUCUCACUCAGGCUGGUGUCAUUUCAGGACAGGACCAAAGCCUGCGUGAGCCUUUUUAUUUUAAGUAAAAUGGUGCUUUUUUCCUUACUUCAAGAUAUUAUAUAUAAACAGUAAUGUAAAUGACACCUUUUCGUACAGAGCUGUUUGAGUGUUGCUUUACAGAGCUCACUAAAUCUGCUAGAACAAUCUUGAGCUCUGGCUCCUGACCCUGUUUGCGUGGAAGACCUUUUGGACACUCUCGGGAGAGCAGGACUCCUGGGAGAGCAGAGAUAGCACCAGAAGCCCCUGGGAGAAGUGUUUGGUUUAGAUCCAUGACUGGGUCACAGCAGUAUUUCUAUUUUGUCACUCAGUCCUGUGACUUGUCUCUUCAUAUUUUUUUUUUAUAGUUGGGAACGUACCGACUAAAUCUCUGUAGACAGAUGGAAACAUUCUUCCCCAUAGGUAGUGUAACAGUGUUUAUUUUUUCCUCAGGAUUAUUGCUGUACAUUUCUCUCCCUGUCUCUUUCUUUGCUUUAAUCUGUUUCUUUGGGGUAGUGACCUUCUGUCACUGUGGCAGAGGGCAUGCAGGUGGAUUGGAGCUGGUUCCCAGAGAGGGACUGUGUCAUACCCAUUGACCCAAAGCUAGAGAUUGAGGGAGGACCUGCUUGCCACCUCUGAGCCUCCUGAUAUGCUUCCUUUUCUUCUAGAAUUUGUACUGGUGAUCCUCCUGCAGGUCUUCUCUCACAGACAUCAUGCCUUUUUUCUUUUUUUAUUUCUGAGGUGACCUGGCAGAAUAAUGACAUAAUUCGUGCUAAGGCCCGGUCCGUGUCAGUUCUGUCUCAUUCCAGCCAGAGAACUUAGAAAAGACACUCUCAAGUUGCUGAAACUCUGUGGUAUUAAGUAUUUUAAUUAAUGAUGGGCCUUUUGCAAGUAACCUUUGUCUCUUUUUAAAUGAAGUUUAACUGAACUGAGGAUGCACUUUCUGAUAAUUUCGUAGACAUAGUAGGGUCCAAGUGAGGCCCUCAAUAGGCUCUUUAGUUGCUGCUUGAUAUUAUGAGGGCCAAAGAGAUUAACUUUGCCACGUUACCACGUCUCUGAAAAGUUGCCAUAUUUCAGCCAGAAGGGGCCUGUUUUCCUUGUAUUCUUGCUUUAACCAUGUGCCUGGAGAAGCCGUCCCAGGCCCUUGCACUUGGCCCAUCCUUUCUUUGCCAGGGGCAGAGGAGGCAAAGGUGAAGGAUUCAGUGUGCUCAGGGCUGUGCAAGGGCAGGCUUGCUUUCCACCCCAUCUUCUGAGGGAGACUGCUUUCUUUCUUCUUUCCUCUUGUUCAUGCCUAUUGUCUUUGGAAAAGGAUGGUCUCUCUGUCUUAAGGCUUUGUGAUAAAGUCAUUUCCAGUUAGGAUUGGCACCUGUUUCCUUAGCAGGGCCUGGUAGCCUUUGGAAGUGACAGGUGCUCAGGUGCCCUCUGAUGUGCAGAACAUCUGGUAGAUUGACCUGCUAGGCUGGGUGGUUCUACUGCUUUCUGAAUUUCCAAGAACUCCCCUUUUUUUCUUUUCUUAAAGAGUUCUGCUGAAUUAUUUGACUAUAUACGUAAGUACUAUGUUUCUUUGUGGUGUAUGCUCUGUUCUAGUUUCUGUUUUUAAAUCUAAUGCCUGUUUGGGAGGAGAUGAACGUAUUUAGUCUAUUAGAUUUGCGCUGCUGGAUAUAUUUUUUUUUUUAAGUGUAACCUUGACUAGCUGUCUUACUGUUUAUCUUGUAAGAUUAGUCUAUCAAUUAAAGUUUCAUAAUUAAUCGUG